AUGUCGACGACGACGACAGUGCCUGGACGAACGAAACACGCGAAAGCGAUUCUGGGGGAUGAGCUGCACAAGAAACUGGGAGAAACCAAGGUGCUGGUUGUGGGUGCCGGAGGGAUUGGUUGUGAACUGAUAAAAACCCUAGUCCUAAGUGGAUUCAUCAACAUAACCCUUCUCGACCUAGACACAAUCGACCUCUCCAACCUGAACCGCCAAUUCCUGUUCCGCACCACGCACCUGAAAAAGCCCAAAUCCCUCAUCGCCGCCUCCGUUGCCUCCACCUUCAACCCCCUAGUGCACAUAACCCCCAUCCAAGACAACAUCACGGAUUCAGACAAAUACCACCUCGAGUGGUUCAGGGGGUUCGACCUCGUGUUGAACGCGCUAGAUAAUUUGGAAGCACGGAAGUAUGUGGGGCGGAUGUGUGUAGCGGGGGGGGUGGGGAUGGUGGAGAGCGGGACGGCGGGGUAUUUGGGGCAGGUACAGCCGAUUGUGGGGGGGGUGACGGAGUGUUUUGAGUGUGUGGAGAAGGUGAAGGGGGGAAAGACGUACCCGGUGUGCACGAUUAGGUCGACGCCGAGUUUGCCGAUACAUUGUGUGGUGUGGAGUAAGAGUUAUUUGAUGGGGCAGUUGUUUGGAGUAGACGAAGAUGCUGGUACAGAAUUGGACGAAGCUGAGAAACAAGGUGAAAAUGCCGAAGAAAUCGCCAACCUCCGAAAAGAAGCCGAAUCCUUUGCUCAAGUACGUGCCGCAAUUCGCAGUAGCACCAAAACCCCCGAUGCCGAUGCCGUUCCCGCCGCACGCAUGAUAUUCGAUAAAAUAUUCAACACCGACAUCAAACGCCUGCUCUCAAUGUCCGAUAUGUGGAAUCACCGUGCCAAACCUGUUCCCUUGGAUUUUGAUCGCAUAAUGCAAGAGACAGAGGUAGGAGAGAAGGAGAGCGUAGCACUAAAAGACCAGAAAAAACUAACAACGAAAGAAAAUCUAGAAUUAUUCAUUUCUAGUGUAUCUGCUCUUUCUGCUCGUCUUUCCCCCUCCUCCUCAACAAAAGAAACAGUAAUAGAAUUCGACAAAGACGACCCCGACACCCUCGACUUUGUCACUGCUACCUCCAACCUGCGGUCCCUCGCGUACGGGAUACCGCAGAAGAGUAAGUGGGAGGUGAAGGAGAUGGCGGGGAAUAUUAUCCCUGCGAUCGCGACGACGAAUGCGAUUAUUGCGGGGUUGAUUGUGUUGCAGGGGGUUCAUUUGGUUGCUGCUAAGCUUGGAAGCGCUUCUGCGGGUUCUUCCCAUUUCCCUUCCACCUCUCCUUCGUUCACCUCGACAACGACCAACUCGUCGUCGUACACCGCCCUCCGCAACAUCCACAUCCAACUAAAACCCUCCGUCCCCCUCUCCGCUAUCACCACCUCCAGACCCAACCCCGCCUGCGGCAUAUGCAGAGACGUCUACACCGUCGUCCGCUGCGAUCCCCUCCGUGCCACCCUUCGCGAUGUCGUGCAGGGUGUUUUGGGGGGGACACCAACCACCUCAACCUCAACCUCAACCUCAACCUCCACACCCAAUUAUUCAUUCCCCACCCCCACCAUCUCACACUUCACCAUCUUCGCCUCCUCCCCCUCCGCCCCCUCCGCCACCCGCAUCCUCGCCGACCCCGACUGGGACGACAACCUCGACCGCACACUCGGGAGCUUGAAUGUGCGUUGUGGGAUGUUUGUUAAUCGUGAGAAUGAAAAAUGGCAAUGGGAAUGGAAAACACUCUCCAUCGGAAUCGGGGGGUUGCCUCCGAAUUACCACCCUGUCGAUGAAAAUGGGGAGGAGGAGAAGUGGUUGAUGUUGCCGGAUCCGCUUCCGAGGUUGGUUAGUAGGACGAGACGGAAGACUUCACAAUCAACCAAUGGCUCUCCAUCGAAACAUUCACUCGCACACGCCCACCCACUCGCACGCGGCCCGAGUAAAAACCCGAAUAAAAACCCGAGUAAAAGCCCGAGUAAGAAAAAGAAACUAGAAGAGGACGGGUUGGUGUUGAUGGAGAGCGCGGAGGAGGUGCUUGAUGAUGAUUUGUUGGAUGGGGGGGAUGGUGGGAAUGGGGAGAGUGGUAAUGGGGAGAGUGGUAAUGGUGGGAAUGGGGAGAGUAGGGGGAAUGGGGAAGGAGGGGAAGGAGGGGAUUGGGGCGAUGGGGAUGUUAUCGUUAUUGAUUGA